AAUGCACUGAAUCUGCAGUGUCCAUUCGGCCUUUGCCCCAUCAGAAGUGGGUUGAAUCAGUUCCUGGUGUUGAAACUGUUGUGUAGCUUCUGAUUGCACAGCAAAGUCAGUGUGCAUUAGUUUCGGGUGCGUUAGUUUCUGUGGUGGAGUUAUAACAGAUGGAUCAACGCCUUGUUUACUGAACUCUAGCCAUUCCACAGACCUAGACAGAGUUCUUUUGUUCACGCCAGAUCCAACAUCACUUCACAUUUUUUAUUUCCCUGGGUGCGGAAUCUCUCUUGGAGGAUUGCUGUGGGUGCAUGAUCCGCGGAGAAGUUGUCUGUAGACGUUGCGCAGCAUGGGGCGGAAGAAGAUCGACAUCGAGUUGUUGCCUGCUAAGAAGAUUCAAACCACAUAUUCGAAGAGGAAGGUUGGCUUGAUCAACAAGGCUAAGGAGCUGGGUAUUCUGUGCGGUAACCAAGUGGUCAUGAUAGCGUUCAAUCCCAGUGGCUCCGACGUAGAAGCAGUGGCGACGAACGGAGAUGUCAUGGAUAUCCUGCAGCGAUUUCUGGACUUCAGACAAUUCCACCCCCAACAAGUGCAAUCUGUGCAAGUUUCAAGUACCGGGGCGCCAUUCAACCACCCGCAGGCUCCACAAGAUUCGACCCUUGGCCAGUUGCAGCCAACGGGAUCAGCAUCAAACACGCCAGUUCAUGAUGUCCUUGUGCAGUCUAUGGCUUCUACAUCGGAAGCACAAAUCGUGGGGCCCGGUAAGCAGCCCAACAUAAAACUUGCAUCACGCGGUGGUCACUAUAAUGAAUACGGCGCAUUCAAAGGUGCGCGACUGGGGCUGCAGCCUCGUAUGGGACGUUUUGUACCGCUGUGUGCACGAAUUGGGUGGGGUGGAUGCCGCGUUUUCCAAGGUCACCUGCCGGAGCUGCAUCGUACAACGGGACUUCGUGCAGAUCAAUGCGCACAAUCUGGGUGGGAUAGACGCAGCCAUUUCCAAGGUCAGCUACCUGUACUGCAGUAUGCAAUGAGACAUGCUGCAGCACGGUGCGAAUACUCUGUCCGUUUCUGGGCUUGAGCUUGUCAUCCUUGCCCGGUGGUCGUGCUGAUCUACUCUGCAUCGUGCCUGAGAUUAUUGUAUAGACGAAGAAAAGAACUUCUAUCGAGGAACCCAUCGUUAGCAUGAAGUGAAUCCCCUAUUCCGAUGGUGUUCGCAGUAGGAUACUCAAAUCAAUGGUUAUUCUGUAACUAUCUUUCUUUCAAACAUGUAAAUACUACAAUUAUACGGUUCCUUCAAAAAACACAUGAUUUCAUCACA